UGCUGCGUCACAGGGGGAAGGGCGGCGCCCCCAGGUAGGCGCACCAGCAGCGGUCACAUCACCAUAAACACACACACAGUCUCACACAGUGGAGGCAGUGUGUUAAGAGGUGCAGAGACUCACAGGUGCCAAACACACACACACACACACACAUAUAUAUAUAUAUAUAUAUUUACACACACACACACAUAGAGGCGCGCUCCUCCGGCCAGCACGAAGGACGAACUGAGCGAACAGUCAGCCGGAACAUUUGGAAAUAUCGAAACAGGGAAGUUGGACUUGAGCGCGUCAGUCUCAGCCGGUCAGCAGCAUGUUCAGCUGGGUCAAACAGGAGCAAGGUGGACGCAACAAGGAAGGAGAGAUGUACCAGACGGUGACGGAGGGACUGCAGACUCUUUACACCAAGAAGCUGCUGCCGCUGGAGGAGACCUACCUCUUCCAUGACUUCCACUCCCCGGCCCUUGAGGCCGCCGACUUCCAGAGCAAGCCCAUGGUGCUGCUGGUCGGCCAGUAUUCCACCGGGAAAACCACCUUCAUCAGGUACCUGUUGGAGCAGGAUUUUCCAGGGAUGCGGAUUGGCCCUGAGCCGACCACCGACGGCUUCAUCGCCGUGAUGUACGGCGAGAACGAAGGUGUCGUCCCCGGUAAUGCCCUGGUAGUCGACCCCAAGAAACCCUUCAGGAAGCUCAACGCGUUCGGAAACUCCUUCCUCAACAGGUUCAUCUGCUCUCAGAUGCCCAAUCAGGUUCUUCAGAGCAUCAGCAUCAUUGACACUCCUGGUAUCCUCUCUGGAGAGAAACAACGAAUCAGCAGAGGUUAUGACUUUGCGGAAGUCCUGCGCUGGUUCGGGGAACGUGUGGACCGGAUCAUUCUGCUGUUCGACGCUCACAAACUGGACAUCUCUGACGAGUUCUCUGAGGCCAUCAAAGCCUUCAAAGGACAAGACGACAAGAUCCGAGUUGUCCUCAACAAGGCUGACCAGGUGGACACACAGCAGCUGAUGCGGGUGUACGGUGCCCUCAUGUGGUCGCUGGGGAAGGUGAUCAACACUCCAGAGGUGGUGAGAGUUUAUCUGGGAUCCUUCUGGGCCAAACCCCUCCAGAACACAGAGAACAGGCGUCUGUUUGAGGCAGAGUCUCAGGACCUCUUCAGGGACAUCCAGGGUCUUCCGAGGAACGCGGCGCUGCGUAAACUCAACGACCUCAUCAAGAGAGCGAGGCUGGCUAAGGUGCACGCUUACAUCAUCAGCUACCUGAAGAAGGAGAUGCCGUCUCUGUUCGGCCGGGAGAAAAAGAAGGAGGAGCUGAUCAUGAGGCUGCCGGAGAUCUACACAAUCCUACAGAGAGAGCAUCACAUCAGUCCCGGCGACUUCCCCAACGUGACCAAGAUGCAGGACAUGUUGCAGCACUAUGACUUCAGCAAAUUUCCUUCUCUGAAGAUGAAGCUGAUCGAGUCGGUGGAUAAAAUGUUGGCCACAAAGAUCGCAGUCCUGAUGACGAUGAUCCGGGAGGAGGAGUCCAAGCAGCCGCCGGCCAUGGUGUCUGGCGGUGCCUUUGAGGGCUCCCAGGACGGACCUUUUGGUCAUGGCUACGGCGAGGGCAUCAGCGCCGGGGCUGAUGCCGAUGACUGGAUCAUCAGCCGCGAGAAGCACCGCUACGACGAGAUCUUCUACAUGCUUAUGCCCAUCAAUGGCAAGAUCACCGGCGUCAACGCCAAGAAGGAGAUGAUGAACUCACGGCUGCCCAACACCGUGCUGGGGAAGAUCUGGAAGCUGGCCGACUGCGACCAGGACGGCAUGCUGGAUGACGAGGAGUUUGCACUUGCCCAGCACCUCAUCAAGAUCAAACUGGAGGGCUAUGAGCUUCCCACUGAGCUGCCUGACCACCUCGUGCCCCCAUCCCACCGCAAAAACCCCACCGCAGAGGCUCUGUACAACCACAGCGAGGACUAGAGUGCUAACUGGGGUGCUGCAAGCCACCAAAGAGACUGGCUGAGCUGAGAAAGAGGUCCAAAUGUAUAAAAUCACCACAGGUCAAUAUUUCUGCUGCUGAUGUUCAGACUAACAGGAGAACCAAUCAGCAAACAGACAGCUACAGAAGGUCAAAGGUUCAAGGUUAGGAUGUACACAAGGAGACCACCACCAAGAUGACCUUCAACCAUUGCCACCGCUAAUCACGCGUUUAAAAAAACAGCAGACAAAUUAAGUGGCUGAAGAAGGAUAAGAAUAUUACGCUUUUAUUUUGGUAAAAUUUUAUAUAUAUCAUACAAUUCAGUUGCUUUCAAGGCACCAAAGAAGAAGAAAAAAACGUAAUGUAGCUAUUUUAUUAAUUCUGCUUUAAUUUGGACACUUUUAUCUUGAAAAGACUAUUUUAAAGAAAUAUCUUGAUAUUUAACCAACUUCUUGCCUUAAUAUACGCCUCUGUACAUCUCACGUGUUAGCAGCUUGGAUAAAAAUGAUCACCUACAAUAUAUUUAUCUCUCCUGAAUCAUCUUUUCCUCCUCGUUGGUUCCAAAAUAAAUCAAGUUAAAAAAAAAAAAGAUUAAAUCAAACUAUUUUCUUAAAUAUUUAGAUUUCAUAACAUCUACAUCAUACCUGUAAUUCAACAUCAAGAUAAUAUAUUCUUCACACAAACACUUUUUUUUUCCUGUUUAAAUAUUUGAUUACAUUUCCUUGUUGUUUUAUUUACAUUCUAAAAAGUAUUGUUGUUAGAUGGAACCAGCAAAUAUUUAAUGAUUUCUACAUAAAAAGACUCAAAUUAUUAAUCAACCAUCAGAACGAAAAAUCCAACAACAAAUCAGAGAAGCCAGACACACGUGAGUCGUCUUCACAUCCACGUUUUAGAGCAGGAAAACAAUGACUUACUGUCUUCUCCACGUGACACACGGCUGCAGAAUGCGUGCCAGAACCAGGACACAGGGUUUACGGGGUCGUCAGAGGUCAAAGGUCAGAGUCUGUCCUGUUUGAACAGCACACGGUUGGGAAGAGAUGAUUCUGAGGCUGCAGCUCGCCGUUAACUCGUCCUCUGGGACGGAGGGCGUCCUGAAACGUGUUGUGGUCGACAGUUUGUCAGCUUCCUCACAUUGUAAACAGCAGCAGAGAGGAGGAGAGCCAGUGACCUCUGACCCCUGCUGACUGCAUACUUUCCUCCUCAUGGAAACCAUGGAAACAGUUUUGUUUGACAUAAUGAGCUAAAAAAUAACUCUGAGGGCUGACAUGCUAAAAUUAAAAUACUUAUUCUCAACAUGGUCCCAAGAUGGAGAAAAAUAUAUGGCCAAAGGUUUGUGGACACACAGAUAUUCUAAAACUCUGUUCGUCAAACUGCUGCUCUUACUUCACCAAUGGGCAGCAUAAUCAACAUAUCCGUGCAUAUAAACUUUCCUAUCUUAUCGUUGACGGCAUUUUUAUCAGCUUAUGGCAGGCAACUAACUGAUAACAGUAGGCAGUCAGACGAGGCGUUGCUCUUCAUCUGGGUGCCUCUCUUGAAUGGCAAGCUAACAGGUGAGUCCGCAGAUUUGUUGUUGUUUUGUACAAAGUUGACAAACGGCUACAUAUUUGUUAGUUACAGUGGAAAUAUUUACCAUGAUUACAUGAAUGACAGGCCAAAUCCACACCAACCCAAACUUUUGACACUGAUCGCUGUUGUCCGAAACGUCUUUGUAUGCUGUAGCAUUGAGAGUUUUCCAGAAAAAAGCAGACCAGUGGUGUCCUCAUACUUUUGGCCAUAUAGUCUGCACAUAAAAAAGAAAAGUUCUACAAUACAACAACGAACAGACAUUGGCUAAGCCCCGCCACCUUUAACCUGCUGUGAUGUCUGCAAUUGUUCACGUUCAUGUUAAAACAAAGGAUUUCAGACAGAUGUAGCCUAAAAACAGCUCUUUAUUUUCAGCCAGCGUCUAUUUAAACAGCUGUAAUGACUACUGGCAUUUUUCUUAUCCGCUGUAGCUAGCAGGCUAAUUAAACUGACGUUACAAAUCCUACCGUGAGUUCUUGGAGUGUAAACUUCCACUUAUCCAAUAAGGAGCAAGACUACUUACGCACUGUUUAAUCCUUUCUUUAGACUUUUGCUCUUGUGUUUUUGGUUAAAAAAAGGUUUAAAAAAAUGAGAAAUUCAAAGACUGACACAGACAUGCCAUGCCAUGUUAAUGUUGCUAGGCUAUGAUUGGAUGAUUUCUAUAAAAAGGAAAGUCCUAAAAAUAUUUUCCAUUUUUUUCUCAAAAAACAAGUCAAUGAAAGCAACAAAAGCAGCAGUGAAGCUUGCUCUGAAUGUGCCUUUAAGUACGACAGGUAGAGUUUGCCUUUUUUGUGCGAAGGAGCUGCCUGCUGUCACCCACAGAUCCAAAUAUUAACUGCAAGACAACAUUAUGAACUCUGAAGGUGUUUUUAGACUGAAUCUAAAGAUAUUUUUCAGCUCCUCUUACUUAUGUUUUUCCAAUCUUUGUUUAUUUGACCAUAAUCGACAUUAGCUGUAGCUAGCAACAUAUGCACUACCAGUGUGUUUGGGGACUACAUGUUAUCUUCCCCCAGUUUUUUACUUUCACGUAUGUUCUUGGGACAAAUUUUCCACGUACGUACGUACAUACUGCCUCUAAAACUUGCUUUGCAUUCAGUCUGAAGACGUCUUCAUAAGCUCAUUAACAUGCUUGCUUCCAACUAAGGUUUCAAAGCUACAUUUGCACAUUUGCCUAUUAGUGCCUCUUUAUUUUAAAUCCAACAAUUCAACAUAAAAAAAAUCAGUUUUUUGUCUGUUUGGUCGAAACUUUUUCACAGCCAUGCCUUUUUAGUUCUACACGCCUCCGUCAGAUGUGUUUUGAUGCCCUCUGUUUCUAUGACAGGACUGCAAUUGUUCUUGAGGAUUCAGCAGCUGGGCGGCUUCUGUUCAGUGCCUUUAACAUGCAAAGAAAGACAAAAAUGUGAGCAAAGUUUAUGUUGUUGACCAGAAACUAUUCAGGUCUAACUUUUUCUGCUUUUCAUAAGGGAACGUCUGUAAAGUCACUAUUCCUCUCUUUUGUUGAUUUAAGUUCCAUAAAAUACAGGAUUUUAGUGAUAAACAUGUAAAGUCAGCUGUCUGAUGGUUUAAGGAGGCUCGAUGGAGUGGGAAAAUUCAGUUUUUAAUGCUUUCUGUGUGUAAAGACGCUUCUUGCAGUCAGACUGUACAUUCAGUGAACAUCUCAAAUUAAAUCUUCAUCUAUCUGAAUGUAAAAGUUUUUAUUUUUGUGAUUUCAAUGUAUUUUGUAUUCUUGUUGUUUGAAUGUGUUACUGGUCAACAGUCUGUUAUUUUGUCCUGAUGGUGUUUAACUGAUGAUCUCAUCCUGUUAGCAGAGGUGGAGAUGAAUAAAGUUUAUUCAAUAAAGUACUCAACAUGU